UGGGGGUACCUCACGCAUUCGGACGACUUGCACCGUCUCUUCAGUAACUUUAAUGGGGACUUCGACAUUAAGCAGAGAAAAUGCCUGUGAUGAAGGGAUUAUUAGCGCCACAGAACACGUUUCUGGACACUAUAGCCACAAGGUUUGACGGAACUCAUAGCAACUUCAUCCUGGCCAAUGCUCAGUUGUUAAAGGGCUUUCCCAUUGUGUACUGCUCUGAUGGCUUCUGUGAGCUUACAGGCUUCUCUCGGACAGAAGUCAUGCAGAAGAGCUGUGCUUGUAAGUUCCUAUAUGGGCCUGAGACUAGUGAAAGCAUCAUCCUCAGUAUUGACGAGACCUUGGAGGAGCGCAAAGAGUUUAAAGAUGAGAUCAUGUUCUACACAAAGACAGCUGUGCUGUUCUGGUGCCUCCUGGACAUUGUCCCAAUUAAAAAUGAAAAGGGUGAUGUGGUGCUCUUUCUGGCUUCAUUUAAGGACAUCACAGACACAAAAGCCAAAACAAUACAAGAGGACAAGAAGGAAGAACGACGGCGCGGCAGGGUGAAAACAGGUUCUUCAUUCAGCAAGGCUCGUCUGCGGAGCAGCACUGUGCUCUAUCACAUUUCUGGUCACCUCCACAGCAGGGAGAAGGGCAAGAUUAAACUCAACAAGAAUAUGUUUGGGGACCCACCUGCUCUACCGGAGUACAAGGUUGCACAUUCCAAGAAGUCCAAAUUUAUCCUCCCUCACUACAGUACAAUCAGAGCAGGCUGGGACUGGCUCAUUCUGGUUGCUACCUUCUACGUUGCUGUGACAGUGCCCUAUAACGUGUGCUUCACUGGUGAUCCCGAUGACAUGACCCGCAGCAUAUCUGCGAGUGACGUUGUUGUAGAGAUACUGUUCAUCAUAGACAUCAUUUUCAAUUUUCGCACCACUUACGUCAGCAAGUCGGGCCAGGUGAUCUUUGAUGGUCGACAGAUAUGCAUCCAUUACCUGACCACAUGGUUCACCAUUGACCUGCUGGCAGCAUUGCCUUUUGACCUGCUCAUUGCUGUCAAUGUCAGCGUGAUGUCUGUGGUCCACAUGUUAAAAACUGUGCGUCUGCUUCGUUUGCUGAGGCUCCUGCAGAAGAUGGACCGCUACUCACAGCAUAGCUCAGUGGUCCUGACCCUGCUCAUGUCCAUGUUUGCUCUUCUGGCCCACUGGAUGGCUUGCAUCUGGUAUAUUAUUGGCAAGAUGGAGAUGGAGAAUAAACCAUACAACUGGGAUGCUGGAUGGCUUCAUGAGCUAGGAAAGCGUAUGGAUAUGCCGUACCAUGCAGUGGGAGUUGUAAAUGCAACUAGCAGUGGUCCCUCCAUCCGCAGCAUCUACAUUGCAUCACUCUACUUCACCCUCACCAGUCUUACCAGCGUGGGCUUCGGUAAUGUGUCAGCAAACACUGACGCAGAAAAGAUCUUCUCUAUUUGCGUCAUGCUAAUAGGAGCACUGAUGCAUGCCUUGGUUUUCGGCAAUGUGACAGCCAUCAUCCAGAGGAUGUACUCCCGUUGGUCCCAUUACCACACCAGAACCAAAGACCUCAAGGACUUCAUACGUGUCCAUCACCUGCCACAUUCCCUCAAGCAGCGAAUGCUUGAAUACUUUCAGACAACUUGGUCAGUCAACAAUGGUAUCGACAGUAAUGAGCUGCUGAAGGACUUUCCAGAUGAGCUGCGAUCCGACAUCACCAUGCAUCUUAACAAGGAGAUCCUGGAGCUGUCGCUGUUUGCCUCUGCCAGUCGUGGCUGCCUGCGCUCCCUGUCACUGCAUAUCAAGACCUCCUUUUGCGCCCCUGGAGAGUACCUCCUUCGACAGGGCGAUGCUCUGCAGGCCAUCUUCUUUGUCUGUUCAGGGUCCAUGGAAGUGCUGAAAGAUGGGAUGGUCUUGGCCAUCUUAGGUAAAGGUGACCUAAUUGGAGCAAAUCUGUCUUUGGAUAACCGGGUAAUAAAGACCAACGCUGAUGUGAAAGCCCUGACCUACUGUGACCUGCAGUGUAUCAAUCUGAAAGGCCUCUAUGAGGUGUUAGACCUCUACCCUGAGUACUCUCACCACUUUGUCCAGGAUAUCCAGCAGGAUCUCACAUACAACCUGAGGGAGGGACACGAGACACAUGUCAAGGCCAGACUGCCAACAACAACUCUAGAGACUCAGUCGGUAGUGAGAAGGAAUGGGCAAGUGGUUCAGGGUCAGCUCUCCAUUACUGAGGCGCAGGACGAACCAGAGAGGGAUACAGAAGACCAGGAUCUUGAUGAGGCCAUGUCUGUGUACAUGUUGUCGGAGCAGAAACGAGCAGUGAACCUCAGGGAAGCUGGUGGGAAAUCUCCACUUGGCAAACCCAGCCAGAAGACCUUGGUAGAGACUUCAAGUGGAUCUCAGAGGACAAUCCAAGAAAUUACACUCACUACUUUGGACCCUUUCAACCUCAGUCCCAGGAUAGUAGAUGGUACUGAAGACAGUGAGGUGACAGAGAGUACCCAGACCUCCUUCUCUACCGUCCAAGGUUGUCCUGUCAGUGGACCAACCAGUACGUCACUAUCCACUAAAGAUAUGCUUCACAUCCGCACAGAAGAACUAGCAGCUACACUUGAGGAGACCAGAGAACAAUGCCAACACCUCGGCCAGCAGGUGGGGACCAUCCAGAGGGAUGUGGCUGAGCUGGGACAGGUCAUGAAGAGAAUAGCCCAUCUUAUGGAGACCUUCAUGUCCACAGCUCCACAACCUGCAGUGGUCUGUCCCAUGCACUACUCUCCAGCACACCACACAUACCUGCACCCCUCUAACCCUCCCCAGUCUUUACCAUCCUUCUCUAAGUCUGAAUCCAUCUGUACAGACCCACUCAUACCGUUAACCUCCUCUUCUUUCACAAUCUCCCAGCAACAGAGUACAAUGUGCCACUUGGACUCCAUACUACACAGACCACAGAACCUCCAGUCAGGGUAUCCUCCCAUUCCCAGCUCAACUCCACUUCCCGCUCCUGACACAUCAUUCCUACAACUGCAUCCAUCCUCUGUCACCUCAAAGACUCCUAUGCAUUCACCGCCGCUCUGCUCACCGGAUUUUUCACACAAAGAAGACAGAGCUUUGAGCUCCAUCAAGUUGGGGGAACACAGUUCACCUCCGCAGGACAGAGGAGAGGCACUCUAGAUCUCUGGAUCUUCUCCUCAAACUGAACUUGGGCGAGCCAACAACCGCCAAAACCAGGGUCUGUAGCAGACGUCGCUUAGAACUUUCCUGGAGUCUACAGGAGUUUUUCCAGCACAUUUUUUUUUUUUUUGGUAUAUAUUCCUGAACUUAAUAAUAGACUAUCAUUGCAAGACAUUUACAACUGACAUUUCAUUUUGUUUUAAAGGCACGCUAUUAAAAUCCACUUGCAUGACAAAAGUACAGAUGGUUUAGGUGUAUUAUCUUUACCUUAUAGAAACCAAGUGUUAUAAAAUGGUAUAUAGAAAUUUUGGGUCAGUUGUGGAGCUGUAUGGUGGUAGGUAGCUAUAUUGGUAGGGCACCCCACCCCCUCCCACAUUCCCCUCCCAUCUUAAGGAUCCUUUGUAGAACAGUACUCUUCCAUAAUGGAGGGUGAUACUUCUGCCAUUCAACUCUUCUUUCCUUGUUCACUCAACCCAUGUU